AUGAACAUAUCGCAGCUAUUGCAGACUUAUCAGGAUCGCUCCGGAGAGCAGACGAAUCGCAUAAAUGAGUAUGUGGCAAGGGCCUUGUUGCACGUGGUGCACAGUCACAUAAUGAGCGUGACCCCGUCGCUGGUCUUGACCCUGUGCUGUCGCGAUAAUCAUACGUGCAACUUUUACAAUGAAAUGAUGAGCAUACUCUUUAGGAGCUGGGGCAUUGCUCCGCUGCAGAUUGUGACCGUGGAGCAGGGAUUGGCAAGGCAACAGUUUGUGGCAGGACGCAGGCAUUAUAAUUUGAUAUUCACCGACUCGUAUGCGGCAUUUGCAGAGAUCGAGGUGGAGGCCUAUUCCCAGGAUUACAACUACAACGAAUACUAUUAUAUAUUCCUGCAGGCGAGGGAUCAUCUGGUGCAGAGUGAAAUGCGUCGCAUUUUUGCACAUUGCUGGCGACAUCAGCUCAUCAAUUGCAAUGUUCAGGUGCAGACGGCAACGGGUGAAAUUCGACUGUACACCUAUUUACCCUUUGAUGAUCACAGCUGCUCCAACAUGACGCCGACAUUGAUCAAUCAUUACAAUGGCACCCACAUGCAUUAUCCUCGUCUCUUUCCCCGCAAAUUGAACAACUUCUUUGGUUGCCACCUGCGUGUCGCCUUGUGGCAUAUGCCACCGUUCAUCUAGCUGCAGGUCCCCGACUCCGACUCCGAUUCCGACUCCGAGGCACAUAUCACCGGCGGUCUCGAGGGUCGGCUCCUGCAAACACUCGCUCUCCGGCUCAACUUUAGUAUUGCGGGUCAAUCACCGCCUCGGAAUGGGGAACCCAUGAGCAAUAUAGCCAUCAAAAUGUUGCAACGCAAUGAGGUGGAUCUGUGUUUGGGUGGUGUGCGUCAAACGGUUGCACGCAGCUUGUUGGCCACCUCGACGCACAAUUAUCAUCAGACAAGCGUGAGGUUUGGAGUGCUAAGUGCCAGCUAUAAGCUCAGCUCUUUCGAUAUACUGCUCUAUCCGUAUCCAACAACAAUUUGGCUGGGAAUUGGCGGUGUUUUCGUGUUGGCGGCAUUACUCCAAGUCGCCAUGGAACGUAUCCUUCCAAGUUAUCCGCUACGUUCCGUCAUCGUUCACUGGCUGAAUUUGGAGCUCAUGUUUGUGGGCAUGCCAAUGUUGCAGACGCCGAGCUUUAGUGCCAAACGGAUCUACUGCAUCAUGUUGAUGUUCUUCACAUUGCUCAUACGCACCGUUUACCAGGGUAAACUUUAUCAUUUGAUACGAACGCAUCAGUUGAAUCGUUUACCACAAUCCAUUGAUGAACUGGUGCAGCACAAUUACACGGUUGUCCUGUCCGAUGAGAUGCACGAAAUGCUGAGCGAAAUUCCCACAGUUCAGCAUAUGAAAUUUCGACGACUCGGUGGGAAUAGCAGUCCAAUGGAAUCGCUCGAUUAUUUGGCAGCACGACCGCAUGACAAUCGUCUUGUGGCUGCCACAGGAUUCGAUUUCUUUAUGAGAUUCAAUCGUAUGCGGGCCAACGAAGCGCAGCUGAAACAAGUGGCGCCAAUUCAGUGUGAACUGAUACCAGAGGAUGUUAUCGAUCUGCAAAUGACCAUGUACCUGAGAAAGCAUUCAUUUCUCACCGAUGAAUUCAACGAUCAAAUCAUGUGGAUGCGUUCUGUCGGCUUGUUGGCAUUCUGGGCACGCUGGGAGCUAGACGAGAGCUACUUGUGGACCGAGCAGACUUUUAACUUUGAAAUGUUUGGACUGCAACAGCUCUAUGCCAUAUUUCUAAUAGUUCUAAUCGGUUUAUUGCUAAGCACACUGCUUUUUCUGCUGGAGUUGCUUUCGUUGCGAUUUGCACAUCUUCAACAUUGGUUUCUAUCACAAUAA